GAAACUUCGAUCGAGAAAAAGAACGAACUUCAUUCAUCUCUUCUUUGAUUUGAUUUACCGAUCGUGAAAUCAUCUGAAUCGAUCGCCGGAAAAUGGAAGGAGCCGGCGCACGUCUCGGUCGUCCAUCUAGCCGAUAUGCCCCUACAUCGACCGUAUUCAGUGGACCAGUCAGGAAAUGGAAGAAGAAAUGGAGUCACCCUAGCAUAAACAUCAUCUCAAAGCAUAAUCAUAGUAAUAACUACACUACAAACGGCAAUGAUACUUCGAAUCUUGUUCUCUUCAAGUGGAUUCCCGUUACUCAGAGCCAGAACAAUGGAAGCAAGGGUUCUACAGAAGAUGGCUCCGUUAUUGUUGAAGAAGAGCCGACUAAGCGCAGAUUCCGAUAUUUCCCGGUUGCUGUUUUGGAAGAUCAGAAAGAUAGUGAUUCAAAGCAAGCUAAUGAUGAGGAAAAAUCAAAUGAGAAUAUUGAGUCAAGUUCUGCGAAUAAUGGACUAGAUGAAAAACCUGACAUAAAUGAUGCAACCAUUGAGGAAAAUCAGGAUCAAGAUGAUAAUCCAGUAGAGAGGCAAGAUACGAAGGAAAAUUUAUUGGACUUAAAUUUGGGUUUGAAGGCUAAUGAUGGCGAUCAUCGCAUGGAUACAAAGAUGGAUGACGAUGAUGAUGAAACUGAAGAGUAAAAUUCUAGUGGUGCCAAAUAUUGAUGGAUAUGGGCAUUUUUUUAAGUUCAUAGUGAUGUAAUUGGUCGAAUUCUAGCCAGAGAAAAGCUAAACAAGUUGUUUCUUUUUUCUAUGCCAUUUUCAUCUUUGUGACAGACAAGCAUAUUAGACUGUUAUUUUGUUGGCCCUUUUUAGGAGCUCUACUGAUAUAUUUUCUAGCUUAAUAUUUCAAUAUGGUUUUCAGA